CUGUCAGUGCGGUUCUGUUGUGUUUACAAAUGGCGGAAGUUGUCAAAAUUCUGGAGCCGGUCAACUUUAUGUGAAUACUUUGUCAACGAUAUAUGAUCUAAGCUCUAUUAAGUACUAAAACUGAAACAUGUCUGGAGAUACAGAUCCAGUUGAACUGGAUAUAUCAGGCCCAGUGGAGUUAGACCAGCUUCAGUUUGACUUUAGUGGCAAGUUAGAUGCUGGGGUAGUUCUCAGCAGUGAUGUCAUCGAAGAAAACAAUGACAUUUCAACAGAACAGUCAGCACUCGUGGACCUCAUCCCCAUCAAUAUGAACAGUAAUGCAUCUUCUGGUGGGUUUGUAGACGAACACGAUCAUGUCAGGGUGAAUCAGGAGAGGAUAGUGCCAGAAGAGGAUGCACAAGAUGAGGAAGCACUACGAGAGGAUGUACAACAGGCUGGUGAUGCACCUGGACUUGCUGUUACCAACAUCCUGCUUGAUGAGAAAAUGAUGGAGCAUAAUGAAUGUAUUGACACAUCAGCAGGUGGUCUGAAUGUCGUGAACAGUGGACAUGGUGAAGAGGCUUUGAUGAAGGAUGAGAAUACUGACGUGCAGGAACAAGAUCAGAAUUUACUGAGAGAGAGUGUACGAUCUUCGACAGAUGUGAUUGUUGAAUCUGGCCCUAUCCCAGAAAAUACUCGUCUCGAUAUUGUGUCAUCUGCCAAGAAGUCUGGAGACUCUGGUGAAGAUGAUGAUUCCGGCUCUGAGUUUGAAGAUGAAUAUGCAGAACAGGAAGUUGUUCAGAAAGAGGAGUCUGAGUCUGAUUCCGAGUUCGAGGUACCAGAUCAUCCGAAUAAAAGUGGUUGCACUGAUUUAUCAAAAAAAAAUAUCACUGCAAGUCUGUCAAAAAUGACCCAAGAUCCAACUGCUCUGCCUUCACAACCUGUAUCAGAAUCAUCUCCAUCACCAGCCUCAAGUCCCAAAGUGCCACCCACUCCACCUGCCGUCCCUGCACCACAGCAGCCUAAUGUUACAGCCCCAUCUCAAGGGAACAUCCCCACCACAUUGCCUUCACACACAGGGGUUGGCAGUCCAACUGCUGUACCCCCAGGCGGGGAAACCGCCCCUCCUGUAUCAUCUGGGCUACCGUCCAUCUCCUCCAGUGUGACCAGUUCUUCAUCCCCACAGCCUCUGUUGGACACCAUGAAUUCUGAGGAAAAGCUGCAAAGAGUUCCUGAACUUCAGAGUUCUGAUGACUGGGAGAAUGUUACCACAAUACAAGCUGAGUUUGCGGAGAACAAGAGUGCAACAGAAGGCAGCACGAACCAGGCCUGCCAGACCCCCCUGCUCUCUGCCCAGGAAGCCGUUGACCAUUUCAGGAAGUCGGAUCUCUCCGCUGUGAAGCCAAACGUGCGGACGUCCAUUGAUAGGCAUGGGUUGUCGGCAUUGGCACACUUCUUGUUUGGCCCGCCCAAGAUACACAGAGACUUGUUACCCGAGAGAGACCUCAUCUUCUGUGUGGCUGGAUCUCAGCUGGACAAUGAGGACAGAACACAUGUACACAUCCUUCAGUCCAUCUACCGCACUCUCACAGGAUCUCGCUUCGAUUGUCAGCGCUUCGGCAGUCACUGGGAGGAGAUUGGUUUUCAAGGUCGCGACCCUGGCACCGAUGUUCGCGGUGUAGGAAUGCUGGGAUUGCUGCAGCUUCUGUACUUUCUGCGUAACCCAAAAACUGCACAGCUUGCUCGGGACGUGUAUAAACUGUCUCUUCAUCCCACACAGAACUUCCCGUUCUGUGUGAUGGGCAUCAACAUGUCCCGCAUCUGUAUCCAGACUUUACGGGAGGGACUUCUCAACAAGGAGUGCAAUAGGAGGAGACAAGUGAUGGAGGUCGUCAAUGAGUUCUACGUUGGGACGUAUUUGCACCUGUUUCAGAUCUGGCGGAAGGGAAAGACUAUCACUGAUUCAGGGCAUGUUAUUAAAGAAGUAGAGGGCCUUGCCAAGAAGAAUACAAAGGGUGUGUUCAAAACCCUGGAUGAUUAUUGGAAGAAGAAGCCAUCAGCUGAUGUGGCCGUGGAGGACGGCACGGAGGAAUUCCUCAGUGUGUGCAAGGUGGAGGCUGAUGAGUGAAUGGGGAGGUUGAAUGUGGACGUGGAUGGAGGGGUACUUGGAGGAGAGUUGGUCAGUGUGUGCAAGAUGCAGAUGAGGUGGGUUAGUGGGUCAGAGAUAUUACCAAUUCAUCAUUGGAGGGAAAGUUUCUCAGAGUGAUUAAGGUUCACACUUUUAAAUAUUUCUUAAUGAAAAAUCAUCCUUAAUUAGUAAGAAGUAAAAUUAAAGAAGAAAAAUGUCUGACAAACAUAUGCUUUUUCCAAACUCCUUGCCAUAAGUUCAAGGUAAUUGUUUAUGGUGUAAUGCAAGUAGCCUUUUGAUCAAGAGGAAUGUUCCUCAAAUGGCAGGAUCAAAUACCCUACGUUGAAUGUUUAUCUUUGCUAUCAAACUCCUGCACUUUUUGGUAUACUGUCUUCAAAACAUGAAAUCAUGAUAGCAAUUUUCUCCAUAAAACAGACAUUGAAAGUGAGCACUGAAUAUGCAUUCGGCUCCUGAAAGAAGCGGGUCGGAAGAACAUCUUCCUGUUGAUUGAAAGACUAAGAGAGGACCAUUUUGAAAUGUUGUUUACUUGAUGUUUUCCGUCCAGUAGAUGUGAAUCUGUAUAUUGUGAAGGAUCUGUUGUAGCUGAUACUAUUAUGGAGGAAUGAAUAUCACAGUUAAUAGCAAUUGUAAACAAUGGCUGCCCUAGUUGUGUUGUAGAUGUGAUGUAGAUGCUGCACUUGUUGGAGAUGAUUCAGUUGUCAUGUGUUAACCUGAGGGAUGAGGAGGAGGCAACUAUAACAUGAAUCGUGGAACACCAGUUCCUACUGCAUGUGACAGGCUGGCUGAGUUUGUCGUCUCACCCCUGUGGGUUGUAUGGGUGCUUAGUUACUACCAUUCGUCAGGACUCCCUUCAUACACAGUUUUGUGUUCUGGAUAUGUGCCAUCAGUUGUAGGAUGCACUCCAGGAGCUGUAUCAUGUCGAGAGGCACAGAGUACACACAGUGUUCCUGCACCAAAGAUGAUGUUUGCUGCCAAUAUGUUUAUAUCUCUAGCAUCUAUACCAAAUUAUUUUAUUAUUUCCUUCCCCAAUCUCAACAAAAUCAGGUAUUUUACUCUCUCAUGACACUGUUGUGAGGACACCUCCAUAGAAGACGCAUCAGGUGAACUUUCCAAUCAGCAUCCAGACUUCCAAAUUCCUGGUUCAAGUGCACAAAGCAGUCAGACAAGCAUAUCCGAUUUCUGUGUCUCGAAAACAUAUAUUACCAGGGACUUCCCACUGCCAAAAGUAGAGUCAAAUACCAUUUCAUUAUUAUGGCUAUGUUAUACACCCUGUUUGUAAAUGCUGUGGCAUCAGGAGUACAAUUGAAGGAAUAUUUGUGUUGUGUGUUGCAUUUCAUAUGUACAAAUCAAAAUGUCAAACUUGAGGUGAUAAAUGAAGCAGUCAUUUUAGAAAGCUGACAUCUGACUGGCUCAAGAACCCAUGCAUCCAUGAGAUUGGGAGGUCAAAAUUGGCCUCGGGUUCACUGAUAUCUGGAGGUGUCUUCAGAUCUUGAUGCAGUGGGGCAUUGUAUCAGAGUAAAAUGAGAUUGGAACCUGCCCUAAAUUCUAAGCCAAACUCAGAUGAUAGAUUCAAUGUUAUGUCUGUGUAACGCACCUUUAUGGACCUGUCAAAAAUCCUUUGGUUGUGUGUUUUAAUAAUGCUUCUAUGUACAAACAUGUUUUCUCAUCAGAUUGGUUGACAUUUCUGUAGCUAUUAUUGAAUAAUUUCCAAAAGAUAUUGUUAUUGUUAUUGUGUUAAAACACAUUGUUGUUUUCAGUGUUUUCCACAUUUCCAGGGUAUCACAGUUUUGAUGGCCAAAACCAUGAGCAGUGUGUUUUAUGUACUGCUUACAUAGCAUAGAUCAACAUGGCAAAGGAAGGAUACAGAUCUUGCAAAUACAUUCAAAUAAUAUAAUUUUUGCCUAUUUAGGACUGUGCAAGGUUAUUCUUCAUAUGCUAAUAUAGCUUUGAAAUAUUCAGACUUCAAUUAAUUUGAUCACUGAAAAAAUCUAAAAUUAAACCUGUUGUCAUGUAUAUUUGAUAUAAAUUAAUUCCUUUUUUAAUUUAAAGUGUAAGGUUAUGAAUACAUGUACUAUGUGAAAUUCCUUCCAAAGAAAUGUUCCAAAAAAACCUAACAGACUUCUUAAAAGACAAUAAAUCACAACUAUGAAAUAAAUGGAAUUAUAUUUCUCUCCUACAAUCAACUGGUACUUAAAUGAUCAUCCUGUAAAAAUAUCAAAAUAUAUUGUUUUCAUUGAAAAAAUCCGUCCCCAUACAUUCUCAAAAUGGCAGGAGUAUUUGAUGUCCAAACCACUCAAUGUUUGCUUGUAAUAUCAGACAAAUCAACAUUAUGUGAUGACUGGUCUACCAGAGACACUGGAACAACCCUACAGAAGUGGAGGAGUGAGUGAGUGUGUGAGUUUCAAGCCACUUUGAACAGUAUUUCAGUUACCUGUAUAUCAAGGCAUGUCAGCUUGAUGAGGGAGGAAAGACUAAAGUGAUGCAAGUCUAAGACUUUAUUCACCCAUGAGCAUGGGUAUGGUGCUGACAAACCUAGAAACAUAAUCCGGGUGAACUGGAAAUUGAACCUCUGAUUAAUGGUUUCUGGUAGGCCAAGAAGACAAUCUUUGCACAGUGAAUUGUGGAACCUUCGAUGCCUGGGCCAUCCGUGCCCCUGACUACGGGAAAAUAGGAAGAUAUAUUGCAGUAUGUGCUUGUUAGAUAAAGUUCAACAUUGCUUUAACUGUGGUCCCCAAUACCCCAUUCUUGUUCGUCGCCUGGACUAAGUGAGAAUUGGUUUGUUACAGUGUGUGACAUGACUGUCAUUUAAAGGUGUGGAUCAUGCUGUUAACCCUGGUUGACCUGGCCAAGGCUUGUUUGUAUACAGGUUCCCAGGAUACAGCUCGAAGCACUGGUUGACCUGGCCAAGGCAUGUUUGUAUACAGGUUGCCAGGAUACAGUUCGAAGCACUGGUUGACCUGGCCGAGGCUUGUUUGUAUACAGGUUCCCAGGAUACAGCUCGAAGCACUGGUUGACCUGGCCAAGGCAUGUUUGUAUACAGGUUGCCAGGAUACAGUUCGAAGCACUGGUUGACCUGGCUGAGGCUUGUUUGUAUACAAGUCGCCAGGAUACAGUUGGAAGCACUUGUUGACCUGGCCAAGGCAUGUUUGUAUACAAGUUGCCAGGAUACAGCUCGAAGCACUGGUUGACCUGGCCAAGGCAUGUUUGUAUACAGGUUGCCAGGAUACAGCUUGACGCACUGGUUGACCUGGCCGAGGCAUGUUUGUAUACAGGUUGCCAGGAUACAGCUCGAAGCACUGGUUGACCUGGCUGAGGCUUGUUUGUAUACAGGUUCCCAGGAUACAGCUCGAAGCACUGGUUGACCUGGCCAAGGCAUGUUUGUAUACAGGUUGCCAGGAUACAGUUCGAAGCACUGGUUGACCUGGCCGAGGCUUGUUUGUAUACAGGUCGCCAGGAUACAGUUGGAAGCACUUAUUGACCUGGCCAAGGCAUGUUUGUAUACAGGUCGCCAGGAUACAGUUGGAAGCACUUGUUGACCUGGCCAAGGCAUGUUUGUAUACAAGUUGCCAGGAUACAGCUCGAAGCACUGGUUGACCUGGCCAAGGCAUGUUUGUAUACAGGUUGCCAGGAUACAGCUCGAAGCACUGGUUGACCUGGCCGAGGCAUGUUUGUAUACAGGUUGCCAGGAUACAGCUCGAAGCACUGGUUGACCUGGCGGAGGCAUGUUUGUAUACUGGUUGCCAGGAUACAGCUCGAAGCAUUGGUUGACCUGGCUGAGGCUUGUUUGUAUACAAGUUGCCAGGAUACAGCUCGAAGCACUGGCUGACCUGGCCGAGGCUUGUUUGUAUACAGGUUGCCAGGAUUCAGCUUGAAGCACUGGUUGACCUGGCGGAGGAAUGUUUGUAUACAGGUUGCCGGGAUACAGCUUGAAGCACUGGUUGACCUGGCCGAGGCAUGUUUGUAUACAAGUUGCCGGGAUACAGCUUGAAGCACUGGUUGACCUGGAAGAGGCAUGUUUGUAUACAAGUUGCCGGGAUACAGCUUGAAGCACUGGUUGACCUGGCCGAGGCAUGUUUGUAUACAGGUUGCUGGGAUACAGCUCGAAGCACUGGUUGACCUGGCGGAGGCAUGUUUGUAUACAGGUUGCCAGGAUACAGCUCGAAGCAUUGGUUGACCUGGCUGAGGCUUGUUUGUAUACAGGUUGCCAGGAUACAGUUCGAAGCACUGGCUGACCUGGCCGAGGCUUGUUUGUAUACAGGUUGCCAGGAUACAGCUUGAAGCACUGGUUGACCUGGCGGAGGAAUGUUUGUAUACAGGUUGCCGGGAUACAGCUUGAAGCACUGGUUGACCUGGCCGAGGCAUGUUUGUAUACAAGUUGCCGGGAUACAGCUUGAAGCACUGGUUGACCUGGAAGAGGCAUGUUUGUAUACAGGUUGCCGGGAUACAGCUUGAAGCACUGGUUGACCUGGCCGAGGCAUGUUUGUAUACAAGUUGCCGGGAUACAGCUUGAAGCACUGGUUGACCUGGAAGAGGCAUGUUUGUAUACAAGUUGCCGGGAUACAGCUUGAAGCACUGGUUGACCUGGAAGAGGCAUGUUUGUAUACAAGUUGCCAGGAUACAGCUCGAAGCACUGGUUGACCUGGCCAAGGCAUGUUUGUAUACAGGUUGCCAGGAUACAGCUCGAAGCACUGGUUGACCUGGCUGAGGCUUGUUUGUAUACAGGUUGCCAGGAUACAGCUCGAAGCACUGGCUGACCUGGCCGAGGCUUGUUUGUAUACAGGUUGCCAGGAUACAGCUUGAAGCACUGGUUGACCUGGUGGAGGCAUGUUUGUAUACAGGUUGCUGGGAUACAGCUUGAAGCACUGGUUGACCUGGCCGAGGCAUGUUUGUAUACAAGUUGCCGGGAUACAGCUUGAAGCACUUGUUGACCUGGAAGAGGCAUGUUUGUAUACAGGUUGCCGGGAUACAGCUUGAAGCACUGGUUGACCUGGCCGAGGCAUGUUUGUAUACAAGUUGCCGGGAUACAGCUUGAAGCACUGGUUGACUUGGAAGAGGCAUGUUUGUAUACAAGUUGCCGGGAUACAGCUUGAAGCACUGGUUGACCUGGAAGAGGCAUGUUUGUAUACAGGUUGCCAGGAUACAACCUGAAUGCUGCUGAAUUUUCUUAUCAAUAAUAUCUCAGUGAACAUGAGAACAUUAGUGAUGCUUUUCAAUGGAGGAAGUUGGUACAUGCCAUUGCAAUGGACUGAUUGCUGAUAUAAGCAAACAUUGUGUACUAUUUCUAUAUUAAGUCAUCAUCAUCAGUGUCUUCAUAUACAAGUACUCCUGUACACAUGCAUGUAUAUUCUGUUAUUUGUUACUGUUGUUUGUUAGCUUCAUAAUACAUAUGAUGUAGCAUGUAUAUGUACCACGUACACAGGCUGCACAUCAGUGUUUGCAAGUUCAUCACACUUUAUGGUUUAUGUUAUGUUUAAAUAAACUGUAUAUUUCUCAAA